AGCAGCCUUAUUGCAGAUCUUUUGUUCUCAUCAAGAUUACAAUGUAUAAAGAGUAUGGCUGUUAAUUAAUCGUGGUGAUGUCAACUGUCAAACCCGCACCGUCUCGGCCUGCGCAUCACGCCAACAAUAAUGGCACUCGAUUCAUCAACCCGUGGCCAUCUGCGGGCGCACCAACGUGGGCGGAACUGCUACAAGCGUCAUUUCCCUUCGGCUUUUACAAAGCUGACUUAGAUACUCACCACAAAGCACGAAGUGUGAAGGUGAUCAAGCCAGAUUGGGGCGCGGCAAGUCUGAAAGAUCGGAACUUGGAAAGAAGAACGUGUAUCAUCGGCACGUGGCUCGGGCAUGCUGGCGCCCUGGUUGAGAUACCGUCCCUGCACGAGGCCGACAGCGGAAGUCUAUGGCUGCUCUUCGACCCUAUCUUCUCAACGAGGGCUGGUCCGACACAGUACAACGGUGUGGUCAGGGCGAAGAGCAGCCCUUGCCAGGUCGAAAAUCUACCCGGCUGCGACGCCAUCUUCAUCUCGCACAAUCACUACGACCAUACCGAUUGGCCGACUAUACAGGCCGUAUCGAAGACGUUUCCGAAAACGAAGUAUUUCGUCCCGCUGGGCAUUAAGCAGUGGUUGUCUUCUUCGGGCAUUCCUGACAAACAGAUCUACGAACUGGACUGGUGGCAGAAUCGAGAAUACAGCCCACUGGACUUUGGUCUCCAAGUCACCAGUACUGUAGAAGAAGAAACCAUCUUGAGAUUCUCGUGCGUCCCAGCCCAGCACAAUUCUGGAAGAAUCGUCAUUGACCAGGGAAGUACGCUGUGGUGUGGCUGGGUAGUCGAGAGACUCCUACGCUCCAAGGAUGAAUCAGCGGAGUCAAAGGUCACUAGGCAAGGAGCUGUGUAUCACGCUGGAGACACAGGUUACAGGAGGAUAACAAGAUCUGAGACUGUCUGUCCAGCUUUCAAGGAGAUUGGCGAGAGAUUCGGCCCGUUUGACAUGUCAUUUGUGCCGAUAUGGCGAGGCGGUAGCCUGGGGUUCAUCUCUAACCUUGGCCUGCGACUCUCGCAUGACGAUAUACCCUCGGCGUUGCAUGGCUCUCCAACGGAUGCAGUCGCCAUUCACAAGGACGUGAGAUCGAGAAACACAAUCGGGAUACAUUUUGGGACAUUUGUCGGGUCAGAGAACGAAACCCACGAAGCAGUGAUUGAGUUUGGUCAAGCAUGUGAUGAACACGGCGUUGGGGACCUUGAUGACGAAAACGAGAGCGACAAAGGGCGUGCAGGAACGCUUGAUAUUGGUGGCAGUCUUGCUGUUGCAAUUGAAUAGCAUAUCCUGAGUAGCAUAAUUGCAAAUGGUGCUUUCAGCCUUCGGUCUCGACCGAGGUACGGCUGGUAAAGAGGGUGCAUUGUUACAAAGGAAGAGUGCUUGUUCAUACGGUGACGAUCUUCGUGCUCAAGACUGCGUGUUGGGCGCCAAUAUGGCUUCAGUAUUUGCACGACAAUCAAUCCCGACACAUUGACACGACUGGAGCUUCGCGAAUAAUCCUCUGAAAGUACUAGCCUCGAGACGUCCCACUUUUGGUACGCUCCUGUCAACAGUUGCUUCAAGCAUCAAUUAG